AUGCCGCCGCAGCACCAGCCGCAGCGGCCCUCCCCUCAGCCACCCCAGCAGAUGCAGCAAGCCCCGCAGCCAUGGACCUGUCCCCAGUGCCAGUACCUCAAUGGGCCACAGACGUCCUAUUGCUUCUUCUGUGCUCACAGUGACGUGUGGAAGCCCAGUGCGGCCGACACGAAGAAGGCCAAGAAGGAGCAAAAGAGGAAGCAGAAGCGUGCCGAGCGCGAAGCACGGAAGGCCGAGGCGGCGGCCCCGGCGGCCGGUGCCAACGUUGCAGCUCUGGGCCAUGGUGCCGCAGCCGCCCCCAGGGCAGCCGCCCCAGGUGGGCUCGAGCCCAUCCCCGAAGGCAGCGAGGGCAGUGGCGGCAGCUCGGCGCCUGGCACGCCAAUGCGGCUUCCGCCGAGGGCGCUCUUCGAGCCUGCCCCAGGCACUCCCACCCCAGGCACCCCCGCCCCAGACUCAUCGCCGCUGACACCGGCCCCCAGCUUCUCUUCGCUUCGCCCCGCAGCGCAGCCUUCGCCCUUCCGUGAGCCUAUGGGAGUCGAUGUUGCGCAGGACGCCUUUGGCAGGCACCUCGGUGCCCGCUCGCCGUUCGAGGCGCAGGUGGCUGGCAGCCCUGUCGCCUUCGAGCCCCCGGCUGAUGGCGACUUUGCCAUCCAACCCGCCAUGCCCGCAGUUGCCCAGCAGCACGUGGCCUGGGUACCCCCGCCAGCGGAUCCCGCCGCCUACGAGAGGCACCGUGUGCUCCUCAAGGCCGCUCUGCAGGCCACGGGCACGCAGCUGCUCACCGCUCAGAAGCUCCAUGCCCCCCAGCCUCGGCUGACGGCGCUGGAGGAAGAGUAUGCUGUCCUCCUGUGUCAGGUCAUCAUGGCCCGCCCUCAUGAGGAGCGCGUCUCCCAGCAGGCCGAUUUCGUCCUGCGGGCCGAGGCCCGAUUGGCCAAGGCCGAGCAGAGCGAGCAAGAGGUCCGCGACGAGCUUGCCUCCGCCGAGCGUCGCACCUCGGACUGCAAGGCCGCUCUGGCCAGGGCCAGCGAGAUGCUGUCCCAGCUCCGGUUGAUUGGCCCCUCCGAGGCGGAGACCCAGGCCAAGGCCGCGGCCGAACGCAAGGCCGAGGCCGACGCGGCAGUGGAUAGCAAAGUCCCUAGGCACGACGAGGAUGAGCUCAUGGAGGAGCCCGACGACGGCAAGCAGCGCCGCACAGGCCCUGGGCCAAGCGGAGCCGCAGACGCCGCCAAGGACCUCUCGCCGCAGUUGUCACCUGAGACCCCCAUCACCGUGAUCGCUUCCAUUCAGGAGGAGCAAUCGCAAGUGCGGAGGCAGCUCACCCAGCUCUCCCAGCAGCUGCAGGCCAUGAUCCUCGGCCUGAUGAGGACGAGGAGGCGCCAGUCGACCCGCGUCAGCGUUCGCGCAGUGCCCCACCGGCUGUCGGAGUGGCUGAAGAUGCUGAUGCCGCUGUCGGAGAUGCCGGCGCCAUGA